UUCAGUGCAAAUAUCAGAAGCGUAUCAAUUGAAUGGGAGUGCCAAGAUAGUCAGGAGCUGGAUACUGUGCAUUUGAUAAAAAUUCAUAAAAAUCAUUGAUUUAAGUCUCUUGAUUUUCUAUAAUAUUUGGAAAUUUGUCGGCAUUUAUAAUAUACAUUCAAAUAUGGCUAAGGACGAGGGAGCUAUACUUGUCGGUUCGUUAAUUGCCGCUGGAAGUGCUUGUUUCAUUAUUUACGGUGUUUUUAAAGCAAUAAAGGCAGUAAUUUCUGUGCUAUGUCCAGAACUUGUACCUUCUGUUCUGCCACCAUUUAGAGGCACAGUACAAUAUGCAAAUAUUCGAGUGAUCGACUGCAAUACAGCAUCCAGCCGAAGAAUCAUCAAAGAAUUAAAAUCGCAUUGCGAUGAGUUUCCAGUGAUGGGUUUUGACUGUGAAUGGGAAAAUAUUAUGUACGAACGUGGACGAGUAGCUCUAUUACAGUUACAAUCUUAUCGGGGACUUUGUGUUCUCAUUCGUUUACGGCGUAUAGGAACGAUUCCUUCAGAGCUGAAAGAAAUAUUGGAAAAUGAUAAAAUAAUCAAAGUAGGAGUAGCUCCUGACACUGAUGCCAGAUAUUUGUAUGAAGAUUACGGUUUCAAUGUUAGAAGUACAUAUGAUCUCCGUUAUAUGGCAGCAUCAGCUGGUCGUCGACCUGGAACAUUAGCCAAUAUGUCUGAAGCUUAUUUGUUUCUCAAACUCCAAAAAGGAAGUGACAAAGCAUUACAUUUCGAUUGGAAUGCACCAUAUUUGAGUGAGAAACAAAUCGAAUAUGCGGCAAAAGAUGCACACGCUGGCAUUGAGCUUUUCAAGUUCUUUGCCAAAAAAUUAGAACGUGUGGACUCGUUCUGGAGUGAACAGGGUCAUGUGAAAGGCGUCAUCACUAAACGUUGUUCAAAGUUCUUAAAUAAGUAUUACAAUGGUGCUCAAGGAAUUCCUGACGAAAUAAAUUGGUAAUGAAUGUCGCACUAUUAGUUGGAACAUGCCGCUGGAAAUGGGUUUAAUUCAUCUAAAUAUUAAAUAAAGAUCAGGAUCAUACAAACACACUGUUUCCAAAUUUAUCUCUAGCUUGUAGUUUUAAAUCGAGCAUAUAUUCGACGUUUAAUGGGAAAAUAAACUUUAUUGUCCCCAGAGAAAUGCUACAUUUUCACUUAUUC